GCGGCCAACAUGGCGACGAAAAGGGGCUAAACGAUUCUGUGCGCGCUUCAUUCAAUCCGAAUGCAUCCUUCGCAAAUUAUUAAUACUUCACUGUAUAAACAGUCAAAUACUGCAGCGGAUGACUCUCAUGAUUAAGGGACACAGUUGAGUUUUGCGGCGUGAUACGGCUUUUAACAGAACUUGCAGACCCUGUUAUGGAAGAGACGAUAGAGACCAAAAGAGAAACGUUUUUAAGAGUGCGGGCAAAUAGACAAACACGAUUGAAUGUCGAGGACCUCUGCUGGUGCAGGCGCUACGCCAAGGAAAGUCUCAAAACGGGCACUCCCAUUGGACAGCCCAACGGAGCGCGCCUAGCCCCCUGCUGCCUGCGCCACGCCCGGAUUGGGAAGAUGAAGCGCAGGAGGCCUGAGGAUGGACAGGUAUGUCCUCUAUGCAGCGCGCCCCUCAAAGGCUCCGAGGAGGAGAUGAGUAGACAUGUGGAACUCUGUCUGUUCAAGAGAGAAGGUGCAUUUGGUGCGGAGGACGACUCAGCAGACAUGGACGGGGAGAACGGAACACGCUUUGAAGAGUACGAGUGGUGCGGCCAGAAGAGGGUCCGAGCCACCACCCUGCUGGAGGGGGGCUUCAGAGGAACAGGCUUCGCCAUGUGCAGCACCAAGGAGAGCCAGGACAGCGACGCCGACCUCGACGUGGACGGAGACGACACCCUGGAGUACGGCAAGGCCCAGUACACGGAGGCCGACAUCAUCCCCUGCUCCGGAGAGGACCAGGGGGACGCCAAGGAGAGGGAGGCACUGCGUGGAGCCGUGCUCAAUGGGGGCAUGCCGUCCAACAGAAUAACACCAGAGUUCUCCAAGUGGGCCAGUGAUGAGAUGCCGUCUACGAGCAACGGCGAGGGCAGCAAGGCGGACCCCGGCACCUCCUCCUCCUCCACAUCCUGCUCCUCUUUGGUACCGCGCACCUGUAAAAACAGCGAAAUAGAGAAGAUCACAGAGGACUCGACGGCCACCACCCUGGAGGCCCUGAAGGCUCGCAUCAGAGAGCUGGAGAAACAGAUCCUCAGAGGAGACCGCUACAAGUGUCUCAUCUGCAUGAGGAAGCGUUUCCAAUCAGGGGCUGAAGACAAGAGUCUGGGGGCGGGGCCUCUCGUGGCGGCGGUGGCGCCCAAAGCCGACGCGGCCAGCUCUAAGCCCCUCCCCCUCAGCAUUUACUGUAUGUAUAGAGGAUACGUUAUGGGCUGCGGAGGCGGGAUUAAGAGGCUGCUCCCGCUACGCAGGGACUCAUACACGAUGCCCCUCACCUCCAUCCAGUGCUGGCACGUCCACUGUGAAGAAUGCUGGCUCAGGACUCUGGGAAACAAGAAGCUGUGCCCACAGUGCAACACCAUCACAUCGCCAGGAGACCUGAGACGGGUCUACUUGUGAGGCAAGAUGGCCGCCCCCCUGCCCUCACCUGGCCAUCACGCCCCAUCCCUUCAUCUCUCCCCUCCUUUUAUUAUUCCCCCGUUUGCGCUCUUUGCCCGUUUUGGUUUGUGCAGUACGGUGUGUGAACCAGGGUGGGCGGAGCCUGUUUAGACCAGACACUGAUAGGAGAGAGACUCCUCCCAAUGGAGACCAAACGGACUGAUUUGAAAGACUGGUCAACCAACCAGGUUUGGGAACUCCACGCAGCGCUCCACUGGGAUUGGGCCAGGCCACAGACAGGGGGCGGGACCUUCCUGCCUCCUCUCUCAGCCCCCCUUUGCACCCAGCCCUCAGUGCUGCCCUCUACAGGUGGACAGCAGUAGCGUAGCCCCUGGCUCUGCAGGACGGACUACUCUGCUGUGCCUCGGCCCUGGCCCCAGCCAGCCAGCUCUGCAGUGGGGACCAGACAGUCCUCCUUCCUCCACCCUAGUCUCUGCUCCUCCUCUGUGGGGACCCCGCCAACCCCCCCCCCCCCCCUAGCAGCCUGGCUGGACUCUGAGUUGACCCUGAGGAGGGGUGGAGGUGGAGGUGAACUUUAAACCAAACACACGCCCCAGAUUUACCAUCCAAGGGAUUCCUUCUCCUUUUUUGGUCCCUUUCCCCCCCUCCUUUUCCUUCCCCCCCUCUCCUCUUCCUUCCUUUCUUCUUUAGUGGUGUUCUAGUGAAGUCAACCAAACUCCCAAGCAACAGUGCAAGCACAUGUAAUAUAGUCUGUGUAUGUUUACAGUGUUGUGUGGAAUUGACAUAGAGUUCACACUUGUAUACAUAUGAACAUACAAAGACACACACACACACACACGCACACACAUACACACACACACACAGAGACGUAUAUAUGAUUCAAGUCCAGUUUUAGUUUGACAUGGGGAGUGGCACAGGGAGCGAUGUUAAAAAAUGGCUGACGUUAAAGAAGCCCUGUGUAUUUUUUGAACAGAUGUUGAUGUUUUGAGGUUGAAGUUGUAUUUCAUUGUACAGGAAUAAAUUUAAGUAAUAAUAAUAAACUACUCCAAACUAGAAAUGUCCAGGUUUAGGCGGUGUACAUUUUUCAUUCAGCUACAGAUUACAGUAAACACUGUAGCUAAAAGAAAGAAGACCUGUUUGUUUUGGGGGGGGUUUCUAUUCUGUUGUUUUCUGGAAUGGUCUGGUUGAAGUUGCCCUAACCCUUCAAGAGGAACAACGAAGGCAUUGACUUGUUCUGUAACUGCAGUGCUAGCCAAACGACACCACCAUCUUAAACCCCGACAAACCCUGUUGUUAACCCUCCACUUUUGCUUGUUCUACGUUGUCAUGGCAACACGCUUGUUCAUAUGGGAACACACAUAUGGUUCUGUUCUGCCCUUCUCUCUCUCUCUCUCUCUCUCUCGACGCCCCGGCGUAAGAUGCUUUUGAAGAAAUAUUGUUGAGUGUUGCACUGCUACGCAGACUAAAACUUCAACCUGGCAACCGCAAGGACAGGUCCUUCCUAUAGCUCUGUGGGGGUGGGGGGGGGGGGGGGGGGGGUGGACAGGGGAACAUUUGGACCCACAGCGAGGUGGUGGUGUGCUUUGUAUUUGUAAAACUAUGUAUCCUGUGAUGUCUGUAUUGAUGUAAGAGACAAAAAAUAAACACAAGGAAAGAACUGA